GUGCUGAGUGGGGAGGACAGGAAAGCAUUCAGAACUAUGAAUUUUGUGGCCCGGUUGCUUUACUUGAAGGAACCACUGGACCGAACUUCUGGGGCUCCCUUUGGAGGCGAAGAAGACUAUGACCUUUUCUGGCCAAGGUUGGAGAACGCUGGGAUCUAAGUUAGAACUAGAAUUGGGUCCACCCCUGCCCACCUCUGACUUCCUUUAGGGUCUCAUGGAUCGUCCCCCAGUUAGGAACAGACCCAAUAGACCCAGGGGAACCGACCGCCCAGAAAUCUGGUCACCCUGGUUGCCUCCUUACACCGCUGGGGUUAAGUUCCUGCUUCAACUCUUUGUCUAUGUGGCUGUUGUUUUGUUUAGUUAUGCUGAGGAGCUGAUUUCCAGGAGGAACAAUGAUAAAGAAAAGAAACCUGAAGCUGCUACCCACCAGGACACCUAUGGGAAAGAACAAGAACCCUUGGAAAAUAGCAGCCUUGGCCGAUGCCAACCACCUAACCAGCUUGAACAGUUGAAGGAUUAUGGAGAAGAGAAUGGUCUUCAAGGAAGCUCUAAAACUUGGGAGAUAAAAGUGCGGGAGCAUAGAGUAGAGCUGCUCAAUGAUUCCCCAAGCCCAGUCGGGCCAUCCAAAGGCAGGACCCAUCGUCAACCAUCCAGCUCCAAGUUGAUUCGAUUGGAAGAUAUUAACAGAGCAGCCAUCCAGAUCCAGAGGGGAGUCCAGAUAACUCCAUGCACGUAUUCUAGACUGUCCAAGAAAUAUGGCAUGGAGCUCUAUAUGAAGAAAGAAUAUCUCCAGUACACAGGCUCAGUGAAGGAUCGAGGAGUGCUUUGUCUCUUGGCCUCUCUCCAUCAGGACCAGCAGAGAAAGGGAGUGAUUGUUGCCUCUGACAGCAACUUCUCCAUGGCAGUGGCCUACCAUGCCUCUGAACUCCAAAUCCCAGCAUUUGUCAUCAUGCCCACCAACACCUCUGUGGCAAGGGUGAGGAUGUGUCGGGACUACGGUGCUGUGGUGAUCACCUUUGGUGGGUCAGCCAAAGACUCACAGAACCAUGCCCAACAGCUGGCCCAGAAGAAUGAAUAUCUAUAUCUGGAGGAGGAAGACAGUUUCCAGUACCUCUCUGGUCUGGGCACUAUGGGAUUAGAAAUCUUUAGGCAGGUACCAAACCUGGAUGCGGUGGUGUUCCCUGCUGGAGGCCUAUGUGGACUUUUGGCAGGCUCUGCAGCUGCACUGAAACAACUCAACCCUCAAAUCUCUGUGAUUGGUGUCCAGCCUGAGAGUUUCCCUGUCCUACAGCAUUCUCUGAGGAUGGGCCAGCCUAUAGAUGGGGGCAGUCACAUGUUCUAUAGAGAUCUGAGUGAGCCAUGCUCCGGGAAAAAUACGCUGCAGCUGGUGGGGCAGCUCGUGGACAAGAUUGUCUCAGUGACGGAAGAAGACAUUUUGAUCGCCAUGCUGAGGCUUCUGGAGUAUGAGAGAGCCACAGUAGAUGCUGAAGGUGCCAUCGGUCUAGCUGCCAUUGUGGCUGGCAAGUUACCAGAGUUUAAGGGUAAAAGAGUGGCUGUGGCCUUGUGCAGUGGAAACCUUAGCCUGAAUCUCCUGCAGCAAUGCAUCCAGAGGGCCCUGACGUUGGAUAGCAGGAUCUGCAAGUUCUCCCUCUGGAUGGGUGAUGGCACAGGGGAUAUUUCCAAGCUGCUGGAGAUCCUGGAUCGAGAGGCAGUAAGGGUUCUGGACAUUCAGAAGGAACAUGGGUUUGUGACCUCUAAGCUCUUCACAACAAAGGUCACUUGUGUUGCUGAGACUAGAGACAAGCAACAAGCGACUCAGCUCCGAAGUGCCCUGUUAGAACGUUACCCAACCCUAGAGUGGCUGCUGCAGUAAGAGAGCAUUAGUUUCAUCACGGGGCACCAGCUACAGCAUCCUCAUUAGCCAUCCCGAGAAGCCCCUGUGGUUGUAGGUCCUCAAUGGCGGGGUUGGCUCUAAAUCUGGCUCUGCUGUUGCCUUUUGGGACUAUUCUAGGAGAGUCACAGCCUCUGUGGUCAUCCGUCUUAAAGCCCUUGAAGUUUUAAUGAAUGACCAUGAGAUUAUUCUUUUCUCCCUCUUUCUGGGGGAGGCGGUAGACAGAGCAUGGCUACAUAGUUCUAUAUGGCUGGCUAUAUUAUGGAGGGUUAGACUGAUUAAGGUUAGAUGGUUUGGAUCUGAAAGAGUCUGACACUGGAAUUUUGUUAUGCCUCUCAGUUGACCAGCUAACCAGACGCUGUGCUAGUGUAACUCUUGAAUAGGCAUAUGGUGCCCCACUUUUUCUCUGCUCUAGUUCAUAUAUUUCUUGCCCUCCCGUUGGGAGCUCUAGGAUUCUCAGGGAUAUGCCACAACCACUAGAUCACAACUCAGAUUCUCUAGGCAUUUUAGGGGUGAUCCUAAUAUUGGAAAGGAAUACAGUUAUUACUUAUUAUAAUCAUUUAUGAGUCCCCAUCAAUAUGCUUCCCAUUUACACAAUUGUGACAACACCAUUAGUUCUAUUUUUAUUAUUAAUAUUUAAACCCUCACCUUCCAUCUUGAAAUCAAUACUGUGUAUUGAUUCCAAGGCAGAAGAGUGGUAAGGGCUAGGCAAUGGGCAUCAAAUGACUUGCCUGGGCUCACACAACUGGGAAGUGUCUGAGGUCAAAUUUGAACCCAGGACCUCCUGUCUCUAGGCGUGGCUCUCAAUCCACUGAGACACCUACUUGCCCCUGACACCAUUAGCUCUUAAACAUAAAACAUUUAUUUAAUAAUAGGCAAAAGCAAUAAUGAUUCUUGUUGCAUCUCCAAGAGGGGCUAGAAGCUCUUCUUGGUUGUGUUGUACUGAGGAGACCAAAAAUGAUCUCUUAGGAACCUCUAUAUCUUCAGAAGGUAUAGAGGGAAUUAAAGAAGAAAAAUGGAAGUUCUGGGAGAGCGAGCAUUGGUUCUUUUAUGUGGAUUUGAAGAGGAGAAAGAGAAAGUAAGAUGAAAAGAAGACUAGUGUAAAAAAGAGAGAGAGGUACAGGAGAGGAAAAGCAUAGAAACUUGGAGGAAAGGAAGGAAGGAAGCAUCAGGUCUAUCUGAAACAGACAAAGGAGGCUUCAAUAUCCACACAGAACCAUAAAUAGUUAGAUAUAGAGAUAUGUCAGACUUUAACGGGUAAACAAGAGGGAGGAUAAUACAGGAGAGUUAUUCAUAAGCAAAGCAUAUUUCCAGAUGCUGAAGGAUCUUAGAACUAGGGCAGAUGGCAAUAUCAAAUAUGAAUACUCUGAACCAUUUUACUAAUUUCAUUAAGAGCCAUAAGAUAGUCAUACUUAAGUGUAAGAGGUGGAGUUAGUUUCCCAGGCCACCAUCUUCCCUCUACAUGAUCACAGACAAGGAACUAUUCUUGUGCUUUUGGCUAAAAACUGACCAUUAAAUAACUGAGGAGUUUUUAUAUAGAAUGUAAUUAUGAAAGUUCAGGGCAAUCUAGGAUGGAAGCAGCUGUGUGAGAAAAGACCACUGUGCCUAUAUUAGAGGGUAGUAGUUGGGGCUGGGAGGGAAGAGAUUUUUAUCUUCUCCCCUUCACUCUCCAACCUCAAUUGGCCAAUUGAGCUUACUUGUCCCAUAAGGAUAGGUCAAGUGCCUUAGGGAGUAGAAACCCACAUCCUCCAGAUAGAAAGACAGUAUUCAAGCAGCUUAGAGAAGGGAAUUCUGGAAGCAAAAGUGAGUCAACUAUGGAAUCCAGAGAGAUUUAAGGGGCAACUAGGUGGCUCAGUGGAUAGGCCAGGCCUCCAGGAAGGUCCUGGGUUCAAAUACUUCCUAUCUGUGUGACCCUGGACAAAUCAUAGCCUAGCCUAUACCACACUUCUUCAUUCAAACAGAUACUUAGUAUUAAUUCUAAGAUGAAAGGUGAGAGAGAGAGAGAGAGAGAGAGAGAGAUAACUGAGCAAACUAUCCAGUAGAGAUAGAGGAGAGAAGGAGAAACUUUGUGAGUCUUCUCUAAGAAAUGGACAUUGAUUGGAACUAUGCCCAAAGGACUACAAAAUUGUGCAUACCCUUUGAUCCAGUGAUAUCACUACUCAGUUUGUAUCCCAAUUAGAUAAUAAAAAAAAAGCAAAAGGAUCUACCUGUACAAGAAUAUUUAUAGUAACUCUUUUUGUAGUGGCAAAGAAUUGGAAAUUGAGGGGAUGUCCAUCAGUGGGGGAAUAUAGCUGAACAAAUUGUGGUAUGUGCUGGCUAAGGAAUACUAUUAUGCUAUGAGAAAUGAUAAGCAAGAUGAUUUUACAAGAAAGCUGGAAAUAUCUGCAAGAACUGAUGCAGAGAUAAUUAAGCAGAACCCGGAGAAUUGCAUACAGUAAUAACAAUACUAGAUGAUUAUCUGUGAAAACUUGGCUACUCUCAGCAAUGCAAUGAACUGGGACAAUUCUGAAAGGCAUGAUGGGGAAUGCUAUCCACCCCCAGAGAAGGAACUGUUGGAUGUUGGAAUCGUCUUUCUCAUCAGUGUAUUUAUGGUUUUAUUUUGGGGUUUUGCUUAUGUAUGACUUUGCUUUUACAACAAUGACCAUUAUGGAAGUGUGUUUUGCAUGACGAUAAAAAUAAAAUUUUUUUAAAAAGGAA